AUAUAAAUAUAUAUUUAUAUACAUAUUUAUAUACAUACACAUAUACAUAUAUAUAGCUCAGUUUUAUUUAUAAAUAUAAGCAUAAAAAAAAAAGGACGCGGUUCGUCAUCAAGCUAAUUUCAAGUCCAGGGAUUCCAUUCUUUUUAUCUAUUUUCUAAAUAUUAUACAUAAUAUAAUGAGACAACUAUGGCAGAUCUCGAGAAGAGGUCUGUCCCUAAUUAUUUUGUUCCUAUUUGGUAUCACAAUCAUUAAAGGGACUUUAGCACAAACUGUACAUAGAACUGGCUUUGAUAAAACACCAACUACAUUUUUUUAUUUCAAAGAUUCACCGAUUAUUCUUUGGUUCGACGCAACUUCACAUACCCUUUAUCGUUCAGAGGAUCAAGGAAAACAAUGGAAUAACGUAAAGGAAAUUGGACAAGAUGAAGCUAAUUUUAUUUAUCAACAUCCUUAUGAUUCAGACAGGGCAUAUAUACUCGGUAAAAGUAAACGGCAUUGGAAGACAACAGAUAAAGGAAAAACGUGGCAAGAAUUUACUACACCUGUUGAGCCAGCAGCAGUGGGUCCUCAUUUAUCUUUUCAUGCUGAGAGGCCCAAUUACAUUUUAUUUAGUGGCUUUAAAUGUAAAUUAGGUUCUUGGACUGGAGUUGAUUGUCAUCAAGAGACUUAUUAUACACUAAACAAUUUUGAAGAAACUACCUUAUUACGUACUCAUACCACAUCUUGUAUUUGGAGUCUUUCCAGUACUAAAUUUGAUAAUGCACCUGUAAAGGAAAUUAUGUGUGUCGAAUCACCUAAAAAAUCAGGUUUAACCAGUAUUCUGAACCCAGAGGAUUUCCAUCUUGUUCAAACUGAGGAUUUCUUUCACACGGAACAAAUUGUAGACUUUAAUACAGGUACUGAGAUUAAAGGUGUAAUUGCUGUUAGUGCAAUCAAUCGCUUUAUUGUUGCUGUAGUCAAGCCAUCACCUGAAAGACAGGAUUUAAUAUUUUAUAUCUCUCAAGAUGGUGAACGUUGGCAUGAAGCUAUCUUUCCUGAAGGCGCAAAUCUUCAUGAGAAAUCGUUUACAAUCGUCGAUAGCCCCGGAGCUUCGUUGAUGGUAGACGUAUUAGGAGGCGGUUCAGAUCAAUUUGGUGCUAUGUACAAGUCCAACUCAAAUGGUACAUUCUUUAUCAAAAGCUUAGAUAACACAAAUAGAAAUGUCAUGGGCUAUAUUGACUUUGAACGUAUUCAGGGGGUUGAAGGUAUUCUAAUCGCAAAUGUAAUUAUGAACCCUAGACAAGUUGAAUCUCAGGGUGUUAAUAAACAAAUUCGUACACGUAUGAGUUUUGAUGAUGGAGGUAGCUGGAAAGAAAUUUCAGUCGUAAAGGAUAUAAAUGGUAAUGAUAUGAAAUGUAAUGAGAGAGAAUGUGCUCUUCAUCUUCACUCUGUUACUACGAAUCAUAAUGCUGGUCAAGUGAGUUCAUCUGAGUCGGCCGUGGGUGUUAUGAUGGGUGUUGGUAAUUAUGGUUCUAGUUUACUUGAAUAUGAUGAAUGCGAUACUUUCUUAUCAACUGAUUAUGGGCUUACCUGGAAGAUGGUACGUGAGGGUGCACAUAAGUAUGAGUUUGGCGAUAUGGGAACACUACUAGUUAUGAUAGAUGAUGAGAAAGAGACUGACCAUAUCUGGUGGAGUAAGAAUCGUGGUGAAAGCUGGGAAAAGCUUGAUCUUGGUAUUUCUAUUCGCGCUAGAAUGUUAACAACUGAUCCAGAAUCUACUUCUCGAAACUUUUUAUUAAUCGGUAGCUCAGUUCGUUCAGCAGAAUCUAAAGUACAGGCUAUUCAACUUGACUUGUCAAAUGUCUUUUCUCGUCAGUGUCAACUAAUUGAAAACGAUGAAAAAAAGAGUGAUUAUGAAAAAUUCGUUGCCCGUGAUAUCACAGAUGGCCCAGACUGCUUGAUGGGGCAUGAACAAAUAUUUUAUCGUCGUAAAGCAGAUCGUGAUUGUUAUGUAGGUCGUGAAUUUCAAGACCCUAUAGUAGAAUUAAAGGAUUGCCCCUGUACACGUGCUGAUUAUGAAUGUGAUUAUAAUUUUAUGCGUAACCCUGAUGGUUCUUGUACUCGUGUUGGCCCUGAUCUUAUCUCUGAGGAUGUAUGUAAAUCAAAAGACGAUAUUUAUCCUGGCUCCAGUGGUUAUCGUCUUAUUCCUGGAAAUACCUGUAUUGUUGGUGAUGGUCCUGCCUUGGACGAUCCUGUUGAUCGCAAAUGUAGUGAAAAUGUGAAUGGUAUUAUUCCUUCUGCUGGUAAAGGCAAAACAAAUGGACAUAAUAACAUGGUUGCGCCUUCUGAUGACACUAUUUCCAAGUAUGCUAUCUACUUUGAUGAUGAAAUUGAGCAAUUCAUAUACUUUCGUGAUUCUGAAGCUAUUCUGAUUCGUCUUCGAAAUGGCGAAUUAUGGCGAUCAAGUAAUCAAGGUAUUAAGUGGGAGCCUGUUUUAAAACAAAAUGGCCCAGUUACCCAUAUUGUCCUGCACGAAUUUGAUAAUCAUCGCGCCUAUGCAUUCUUAGAAGAUGGUAUUCAUAUUACAGAAGAUCAGGGUGCAAGCUGGCGAACUAUUAAGAUUCCUUUACCUCCAACACGCCAAAUGAAUAAUGUAUUGGAUUUCCAUCCUCAAGAAAAAGAUUGGCUUCUCUUUGUUGGACAUUCUAAUCAUCCUGAACCUCAUUCAGAAGCAUUUGUUUCUCGUGACCAUGGUAAAAAUUGGAAUUCUCUUGAUAUGUAUGUUGAGAAAUGUAUAUUUGGUCGUGAUUCACGAUAUAAUAUUGAGAAGGAAACUAUCUUUUGCUCAGCCUAUGACAAUAAACAAGUUACGAAUAACCUGCGAUUAUUGCGUACAACAGACUGGGGACGCACUAAAGAGUCUUACUUUGACAAUGUGAUCGAAUUCUUUGUUAUCGAAGAUUUUAUGGCUGUUGCUAGCAGUAAUAAAGGUGAUCUUUCAUUAUAUGUAAGCGUUAAUGGUAAGACUUUUGCUGAAGCACAGUUCCCACCUGAUCAAUACAUAAAUCGUAAUACAUUUACUGUAUUACAAUCCACAACACAUUCAAUCUUAUUGAAUAUUUUUAAAUCUACUGGAUUUGGAAAUGCUUAUGGUUCACUUUAUAAAUCGAAUGAAAAUGGCACCUUUUAUCAUUUAUCUCUUGAUAAUACGAAUGGUGAUGGCAUGGGCUUUGUUGAUUUUGAAAAAUUUCAAAGUAUAGAUGGUAUUAUACUUGCUAAUCAAGUUUGGAAUACUGACGAAUUAGUUGGUAACCCUGAUAAAAGUAAGAAGGUUCGAACAAUGAUUAGUUGGGAUGAUGGUGGACAAUGGCAACCUUUGGCCCCUCCCAAGAACUAUGAUUGCUCAUCAAAAGAAUGUUCACUCAACCUUCACAGUCGUACUGAUAUUCACGGACCUGGUGCUAUAUUUUCAUCUAGUGGUGCACCUGGUCUUGCUAUUGGUGUUGGUAAUGUGGGCCCCUCUUUGAAUGCUUACACCGAAAGCGAUACGUUCUUAACCCGAGAUGGAGGUCAUACCUGGAUCAUGAUCCAAGAAGGUGAACAUCUAUAUGAAUUUGGUGAUCAAGGCUCUAUUCUUGUCUUGAUCAACGAUGAAAGACCUACUAAAGAGCUCUUAUAUUCUUGGGACCAAGGUGAGACUUGGCAUUAUUAUGAAUUUAGUAAGGAUGAAAUUCGAGUAAAUACCUUAACAACUGACCCAAAGUCAUCUACUCUAAAAUUCGUUAUUAUUGGUCAUUCUCGUGGUAUCGAAAGAUCUCAAGUCGUUAUUACUGUUGAUUUUUCAGAAACAAAUACACGCAAAUGCGUUAUUGAUAAACACAAUGAUGAAAAGAGUGAUUUUGAACGUUGGAUUCCUAAGGAUGACGAUGGCGAUGAUGCUUGCUUACUCGGUAAGAAAACCGCUCUUUGGCGUCGUAAGAAGGAUCGUGUUUGUAUUGUCAAUGCUCAAUUCCAAGAACCCGAAGUGAUUGUUGAGAAUUGUGAGUGUCGUGAUAUUGAUUUUGAAUGCGAAUUUGGAUUUUGGCGUAAUGAAAAUAACGAAUGCGUCUUUAAGGGCCGUCACCCUGAUCGUCCUACACGUUGUGAAAUUGGAAAAACGUUCAAGGGCCGCUCAGGUUACAAGAAAAACAUAAGGAGCACCUGCUCAGGAGGCAUUAAUCUCGAAGAAGAAAAAGAAUGGCCUUGUGGAGAGGCAGGCGGCAUUAUUUCCAGCUCAACCAAGUUUACAGAUCGUGUAGUUGAUUAUGUCUAUUUUACUGAUACUGAUCGUGUUGUUGUUCGUACCCUUGAUGGUAAGAUUUGGCUGAGUGAAAACGAUGGUUAUAGUUGGAAAGAGCUUUUCGCUGAUAAAAAAGUGAUUUCUAUUUAUCAAAAUCCUUAUUUUGAUCAACGCACUUUCUUUAUUACUGAGGGCACAACUCAUUAUGUGACAAGUGAUAAGGCAUCUAGUUUUGAAGAAGUUCGUACACCUAUCCCUCCACUCCUCUAUCUGCCUGGUUCUGUCAUGAGUUUCCACAAUACGGAUCCUGAUUAUGUUAUUUAUAUUGGUGAGAAAAAUUGUGAAGGACUUAAUUCUGAUUGUCAUUCAGAGGCCUUCUAUUCAAAUGAUCAUGGUCGUAGUUGGUCCUCUCUUGGCACAUAUAUGCGUAAUUGCAUUUGGGGAAGAGAAGGUACAAUUGAAGCUACACAUCGCAAUUCUAUUUUCUGUGAGCAAUACCGUGAACAAUCAGGAAGUCAAAUGACUCUCUUUGGUAAUACUCUUCAACUGGUUUCUUCUCAAAACUACUUUCAUGACAAGAGAGUUUUAUUUGACGACAUCGUCGGCGUCACUGUCUUUGGAAAAUAUAUGGUUGCUGCUGUAGCCAAGAAUGGUGGUGCUAAUCUUCGUCUCUAUGUUAGUGUAGAUGGUAUUACUUUUGCUGCUGCCUCAUUCCCUGCCUCAUUUAAUAUUUCACCUGAGGCAUUUACAGUGAUGGAAUCAGCCAAUUCAAUGUGGAUCCAUGUAUCGACUCAUACACAAAGAGGAAGUGAGUACGGAACGAUCUUUACUUCCAAUUCUAAUGGAACUUACUUUGUCACUUCUCUUGAAAAUGCAAAUCGUAAUGAAUUGGGUAUUGUUGAUUUUGAAAAGAUGCAAGGUAUUGAAGGUAUUGCUAUUGCUAAUGUUGUUCGCAAUCCUGGUCAAACGAAUAAGGGCGAUCCUAAACAAUUGGUCACUCGAAAGACAGCAGAUGCGGGUGGACAUUGGACAAGUUUAGUCCCCCCUGAAAAGGAUAGUAAGGGACAAGCUUAUCGUUGUCAAGGCUCAGAAUGUUCUUUACACUUACACUGUUAUUCUGAACGACAAAACUCGCGUGAUCUUUUCAGUUUGUCAAGUGCAGUUGGUUUGAUGGUAGGUGUAGGUAAUGUGGGUACUAGUCUUUCACCCUACCGCGAUGGUGAUAUGUUUUUAACCCGAGAUGCAGGUAAAACAUGGACAGAAAUUGAAAAGGGAACUCAUCUUUGGGAAUUUGCAGAUCAAGGUGCACUUUUGAUUCUAGUUGAUAAUGAACAGCCUACACAUUUCGUCAAAUAUACUACAAAUGAGGGUUUAACCUGGAAUACAUAUGAAUUUGCUAAGCGAGGAGAAAAAGUUAUAAUCGAAGAUAUAAUUACUCAACCUGAUGGAACUAGUCAGAAAUAUGUUUUGUUUGGUUUGAAGGAUGGUAAAUCGAUUGCUUAUCACAUUGAUUUUAGUGCAUUGCAUCCCACACAAUGUAAACUAGACUUGGAUCAUCCUAAUGAUGAUGACUUUGAAUUAUGGAGUCCAGAAGACACAAGAGGUGAAGCAUGCUUAUUCGGUAGAGAAACAAAGUAUUAUCGUCGUAUUCAAGAUCGUGAUUGCUAUAUUGGUGAAAGAAUUGUUCAACCUAGAGAAGUAGUGCGUAAUUGUGCUUGUACCGAAGAAGAUUAUGAAUGUGACUUUAAUUAUGUUCGUGAUUCAAAUAACAAAUGUGUUUUGGUACCUGGAUUUUCACCAUUAGAACCUACUUGUGAUGGUACAAAAGAUUUCUAUUAUACUCCAACUGGGUAUCGUAAAAUCGCUGCAUCUACUUGUGAGGGAGGUUUAGAAUUAGAUAAGAUUGGUGCGGAGAAAAUGUGGUGCCCUGGAGCUAGUCGUCCUAGACAUGGAUGGAUUGGAUUUAUUUUUGCUCCUAUUAUUGCUGCUGGUCUUGUCUUUGCUGCUCUCCAAUAUCGUAAACGUGGCAACUUUGGUCGUAUUCGACUUCCUGAUAAUACACAUCAAAUGGGUUCCAACAUAUUAUCAAAUCCUAUUGUUACAAAGAUAGUUGCUGCUGCAUUUGUUAUUCCUGUAGCAAUUGUUGGUAUCUUUUCACGUAUUCAGUUACCUCGAUCAUGGUCAGAUCUUAACUUCUUUAGUAAUUUACAUAUGCCAUCAUUUAUGUCUCGAGGACGAGGUCCUGGAUAUACUGCACUAGGACAAGAUGAACAAGCUGGUGUUCUAUUAGAAGAUUAUGAUGGUUCUGAAGAGCAUUUGAUUGAUGAUGCUGAUGAAUUUGAUGAUGCUGAUGAGUUUUAAAUACUAGUUACUUUAUUUUAUUCUAUUUUUUAUUUUAUUUUUUUUUUGGAUAUUAUUUAAACAUGAAUGUACAUUUUUUUUUCUUUAUAAAAAAA